AUGACGGCUGCUAUCAAGAAGAUCACGCCGGGUAGCGGUGUGUACAACAACGAAGCGAACCCAUUUACGACCAACUGGCGUCAGAUAUGGUGGGGAGAUAAUUAUAGCAGGUUGCUGAGCAUCAAGAGGAAAUAUGACCCAAGAGGAUUGUUGACUUGCUGGAAAUGUGUUGGAUGGGAGGAAUCACAGGCUGCUAGUUCCUCCUUCUGUGUAUUAGUUUGA